UUUAUUUUGAAUGUUUGUCUUUAAUUUGUCCACAACUGUCCCCACCUCAUCAUCCUCAACUUCUUCUAACUCUGUCCUCUUUUACACACACACACACACAUAUUUUCUCUCUCUAAAGAACCCCACUUAGCUACUGAAAAAGCUCUCUGUGAAACACUUUUCUAUAUCUUCUCAAAACAAAAACCCUCCAAUAUUUUUCAACUUUUUUAUUUUUUAUUUUUUCCUCAUUCUUUUGUGCUUUUUCGAGACUUGUUUAUUCUAUUUUGCUAAUCCUGUUCAUCCCAGGAAGUCUUUUUUUUAUAGUCUAAAGCAGAGAUGAGUGAAACCCCAUCUCCUAGAAUCUUAAACACAAUGACCCAAUUGAAAAUUUUCAAGAAAUUCAAGCGCUUGAAGCUUUUUGAGCCAUCACCAGGUGUACUUGGCUGUUUUUUCUUCACUGUUUGCUUAUUCUUGUGUCUCUUCUUGUUAGAUUACAGAAAAGUAAACAAAGGGCCUCGUUUGUAUCAGCAAACAUCCUUGUUUGCUACGUGGAUUGGGCUCAAUGGAUCGUCUGUUCCAUAUAACAAGAGUGAAAAGUUGGAUUUUUUUGAGAAGGGAGCAGAAAGUUGUGAUCUUUUUGAUGGGAUUUGGGUUUGGGAUGAAAGUUAUCCACUGUAUAAAUCAAAGGAUUGUAAGUUCUUGGAUGAAGGCUUUCGUUGUUCUGAGAAUGGUAGACCUGAUAAUUUUUAUACUAAAUGGCGUUGGCAACCUAAAGAUUGCAACUUGCCCAGAUUCGACGCAAAAAUUAUGUUAGAAAAGCUGCGAAACAGACGGGUUGUAUUUGUUGGGGAUUCAAUUGGAAGAAACCAGUGGGAGUCUCUUCUCUGCAUGUUGUCUUCUGCAGUUCCCGACAAAAGCAAGAUAUAUGAAGUCAAUGGAAAUCCUAUCACCAAGCACAUGGGCUUCUUGAUUUUUAAGUUCAAGGAUUUCAACUGCACUGUUGAGUACUAUAGAGCUCCGUUCCUAGUGUUUCAGGGUCGUCCGCCUUCGGGGGCUCCCAAGAAUGUUAAAUUGACAUUGAGGUUAGAUCAAAUGGAUUGGAGCUCUACUCAGUGGAAAGGGGCAGAUGUUUUGAUAUUCAACAGUGGUCACUGGUGGAUUCAUGAAAAAACUAUUAGAGAGGGAUGUUACUUUCAAGAAGGUGGAGAAGUCAACAUGACCAUGAGUAUAGAGACUGCAUACCAAAAGUCUAUUUUGAGAUUGGUUGAUUGGAUAGGUCAUGAAGUGAACAUGACCAAGACGCAUGUUGUAUUUCGAACUUAUGCUCCUGUCCACUUCAGAGGUGGGGACUGGAAAACUGGUGGUAGCUGUCAUCUGGAGACACUACCUAAUAUAGGAUCGUCCCAAGAGUUGCUGAAGACGUCAUUUGAAUAUAACACAGUGAUUAAUGUGCUGUCAGAGCAACAGAAGAAAUCAAAAGCGUGGAACUUGGAUUUACUGAAUGUAACAGGAAUGACAUUUCAGAGAAGAGAUGGUCACUCAUCUUUGUAUUACUUAGGUCCUAAGGUUGGGCCAGCUUCUCUCCACCGCCAAGACUGCAGCCACUGGUGUCUCCCCGGUGUCCCUGAUACAUGGAACGAGCUUCUCUAUGCCACCUUCCUCAAACGGGAGUUAGCUCGUGCAAAUUUUUCCAAACAAACUUCUUGAUCUCCCACAUGAUAGGUAAAGAGAUCCGCGAAACCAUGUCACCAUGUUGUCUCCGACAUUUCAAAUGUUACACCUUGUGUACCAAAUGUAAGAGGAGUUGAUUUUUUAAGUUGGAGGAUUUCCUAAUCCUAGUACACUUGCAGUCUCGUGGAGUAUAAGACGCAUGCCUUGGAAAGGAAACUCGAGUUAGAAAAUCCUCAACUUUUGCGCUCCAUGGUAUAUUGCUAUGGAGAUUAAACAUAAGGAAUGUGCCCUUUUUCAAGAUUAAAUUUGAAAUUAUUUAGGGGCAUUCUCUUCUGAGCUGAUGACAUUCAACUUAUGCAGUUUGUAUACUUAGGAUUAUGUAGAAUCUUGGACUUCACCAAAUUAUUGGAUUGUACAUAGCAUUGUGUGUUGUAUAGCUGAAGAGACAUUAACCUUUUAUACAAAAUCCUGCGUAUUUGAUGCAA